CCUCGGAAUUUCCUCGGAAAUUCCUCGGGAAAUUCCGAGGAUUUCAUUUUCCGUCGGAAUGUCCGUCAGAAUACCGAUGUUUUCUUGUAGUGAAUGAACCAUCCAUCAUACAUAUUUUACACAAACUUAAAACUUGUGGUUUCUUCAAUAGGUUGUACUUGUAGAGUUUAAGAUAUUGUCUCAUUUGCAUUGAACCAACUUUGGCACUCACUCUCUGCAUAUAUAUUUGACAAGUUCGAGAGGGUCUCUAUCUAUAUAUCUAAAUAUACUUUCUGCAUAUCUGUAUAUAUAUUGCUUAUAUAAAAAGCUUUUCGUCAACGUAGACAUUUAAAACAUCGUGUAAGUAGCCAUUGUAGAAUGAGAAUGACGCCAACAAAUUUGGAACUCAAAAUCUAUGACUUAUUAAUUAGCUCAUUAACCAAAAUUGUAUGGUAUAACACCAAAAAAAUCCAAAAUUCGCUCAUUAACCAAAAUAACACUCUCUCACCUUUUUUUCUUCUUAUCUCUCUCUAUCUUCUUUCUACAAAACCAGUUUCCCUUUAUUUUUUGGUUAUUUCACAAAUAAACCCAUUAGUGGGAAAUUGUAUGGUAUAACACCAAAAAAAUCCAAAAUUCGCUCAUUAACCAAAAUAACACUCUCUCACCUUUUUUUCUUCUUAUCUCUCUCUAUCUUUUUUCUACAAAACCAGUUUUCCUUUAUUUUUUGGUUAUUUCACAAAUAAGCCCUUAGUUAAUACCAAUCAUAGUUAAAAAAAUUUGCCUGUCUCUUUUUUUCUUUGUCAGCUUUAGUUUUCACCUAUCUCUACAUAACGUUAAAGUCUCAUCCUAUUUUUCAUCUGGUACAUCAAAUUCUCUUAACCACGAGACAUUCGUUUUCCAUUUUCCCAAAAUAAAAAACACCCACUCAAAAGUCAAAACAAAACAAAACAAAAUUCACAACAUUUAAUUUGAACUUUAUUCAAAAUGACUUCGCAUGUUGAAGAAAUUGAAGAAGAGGAAAUAUCAAAAAUUGAGAAAGGCAAAGGCAAAGAUUGCCAUCGAGGAAUCGAAACAGUCAUUUGUACUUCUCCCACCACUGUUUGCCUCACUCAGAAGUUGAUAGCAGAGAUGAUUGGGACGUAUUUCUUAAUAUUCGCUGGAUGUGGGGUGGUGGUAGUGAAUGUGUUGUACGGUGGAACAGUGACAUUUCCAGGGAUAUGUGUUACUUGGGGUCUCAUUGUUAUGGUCAUGAUUUACUCUACAGGUCACAUUUCCGGUGCCCAUUUUAAUCCUGCCGUGACCCUCACUUUUGCCGUGUUCCGGCGGUUCCCCUGGUAUCAGGUACCAUUGUAUAUAGGUGCACAACUUACGGGAUCGUUACUGGGGAGUUUGACACUGAAACUAAUGUUCCAUGUGACACCAGCAGCUUACUUUGGAACAACUCCGUCUGAUUCAGCGGCACAAGCACUCGCUGCUGAGAUCAUUAUCUCAUUCCUCCUUAUGUUUGUUAUCUCCGGCGUUGCCACUGAUAAUCGAGCGGUCGGAGAAUUAGCUGGAAUUGCGGUGGGGAUGACUAUAAUAUUGAACGUCUUCGUGGCUGGACCGGUUUCCGGAGCAUCGAUGAAUCCAGCAAGAAGUCUAGGACCAGCGAUAGUGAUGGGAGUGUAUGAUGGACUUUGGAUUUACAUUGUUGGUCCUCUUGUCGGAAUUAUGGCGGGAGGUUUUGUUUAUAACCUUAUAAGAUUUACGGAUAAGCCACUCAAAGAGCUUACUCGGAACGGUUCUUUUCUCCGUUCUGCUUCUCCAAAACACAAAACUUCUACUUCUAAAAGCUAAUUUUUGUACUCUCUUGGUCAUAUCUUAUUUUGUCAAACUUUUCCUUGUGGAUAGUUGUAUAUCCUACUAUAUAUUAAUUGAAAAGUCAUUUAAGUGA